CAGGUCUUCCACAUACAUUUUGCUGUCUCGCCACCGGAGACAGGUAGUAUAGCUAUGGCCGGUCAGGUGUUCGUCCAUCACCUCGGCGGCGGCUCCGGCGGCGACGACCCCACCCACCCAUGGCUGUCCCUCAAGUCGUCCCAUGAGAUGGACGACGCCGUGGCGAGCUGGCGCGAGAAGCUGGCGGACAUGGCCGCCGCCGACGAACGCGCCGGCAGGUACCCGUGCCCGCUGUGCGACCGCCACUUCCCCACGGAGAAGGCCGUGCACGGGCACAUGCGCAGCCACCCGGGGCGCGGCUGGCGCGGCAUGGAGCCGCCCCGCGAGCCGUCCCCCGGCGACCUCGCCCUCGCCGCCGACGGGAAGCGGUACCGCUACGUGUGCGACCGAUGCAAGGCGCCGUUCGAGACGCGGCAGGCGCUGGGUGGGCACCGUGCCAGCCACAGCACCAAGAAGGGCUGCUCCUGGCACGCCAAGCAGCUCGCCAUGGCCAAGCCGCCCAAGAACGACUUCGACCUCAACCAUCUCUCACUUGAGGCCAUCCAGGCGGCGGCGCAAGAGGAACAAGCUGCUCAAGAGGGGAACAAGGAUGAGGAGCCUAAGAAUUAAUUAAUUAGGAAUAAUUGAACUUGCUUAGGGUUCGUUCGGUCGGUCGAUCGAUCGACUUCUUGUGCUUGCGUUGCGUCGGUCUGGGCUUGUGUUGGUUCGUAGCUAGCCAACUCCAUGGCUCAUGCAGCAUAUGCACAUAUGUCUCUUUCUCUUCUUUUUCUUUUUUAGUUUUUGUUUCUCUUUGAUUUUUUGUAAGCUCGAUCGAUCGACAAGAAAAAUAAACAAAUAUUGCAACCUG